AUGCCCUCCUCUCCGUCCUUAGGCCUACGGAUCACGGCAACUUCGCCGUUCAACAAACGGAAUGCGGAUAUCAUAUUUCGUUCCUCCGACGGCGUCUUCUUUCAUCUACACAAGGCAAUUCUCUCACUCGCGUCCCCACUCAUGGAAAUGAUGCUUGGUAUGCCACAGCCGCUCAUACUCGACUCCUCAGAUCUGGACGACCUCUCGGGUUUGCCAGUUGUCCCUGUCUCGGAAGGUAGCCGCAUCCUCGAUCCUUUGCUUCGCUUAUGCUAUCCCACGCCGGACCCUGUGUUGACAGACGCGGGGAUCAUAGAAGCCGUCUUUGAGUCCCUUGAGAAGUAUGAGAUGGAAGAUGCGAAAGAGAGACUCAAGAAGACUAUCCUGUCAUGUGCGUCAGGACAGUGUCUACCUGACCAGAUGGCGCGCGUGUACGCCAUUGCGUGCCGCCUGCAAAUGGAAGACGUCGCUCGUGACGCAGCGGUCGCAAGCUGUCGUUGGCGAACAGUCAAUUACGUCCCUGAGAUGGACAGAAUCUCCUCUGGGGCGCUGUUCCGAUUCCUGGAGUAUCGCCGCGAGCACCAUCAGGGAUCCCAUCCGACGACGCUCCAGCAGACACCUGAUAUUUCCCAGAGCAGUCCAGACGGUGGCGGGCUGUCCUUGGCUCAAUCCUUCCCUCCAUAUAUCCUGAACAGCCCUUCUGCAGACGUGAUUUUGCAUACGUCUGACGGCGUCGACUUCCGUGUCAUAAAAGCGAUACUUUGCUUGGCAUCUCCGGUUUUCGCAGACAUGCUUCAUUUAAAAAGCAGGGACAGCGAUCUCCGCCCUGACGACCUUCCUAUCGUCAAUGUGUCCGAGGACAGUGGAACUAUCGCGAACCUCCUUCAGGUCUGCUACCCAGUGGAAGAUCCUGACAUCAUAGACGUCGACUCCGCGCAGGCGCUUCUCGAUAGUGCUCUCAAGUAUGAGAUCAUCAUCGCUAUUCGUUUCGCGAAGGCGAAAUGGAAGGAGGCUCUUACUAGUGAUCCUUUCCGUGCGUACUUCAUCGCGAGGUCGAAAGGCUGGGUAGACGAAGCGCGCGCGGCUGCGCGAAAAGCGGCCAUUCUUGCCAGCGACUACUGGCUUCCAGAGAUGGAGGAAAUCUCUGCAAAUGCCUACCGAGAGCUCCUGGACUAUCGAUGGACGUGUCAGCAAAUUGUCUACAGUCGCGUCCAUCUCGAUGAUGCGCGGCGUCAUAUGAGCGACGCGCCUCGUCAUUGGAGCUGCCUUACGUACGGUGAUCCCAAGCAGCGCGAAUGUAACAUCAUUCGCCUUCUCCUCAGCAUCAACCGAAGACUUCCAGACGCGGUUGCUGGUGCUGACGCUGAUGUCCUCGUCGCUACUCUCAUGUGGAAGAUGAUUUGCGAUGGGGCUGGUCGGCACUCAGUAGAACACAGUAUAUGGGACGCCGAGGGGCUCUUGAAAGACCUACAAGAUGCGGUGCAGCAGAUCACAGCUCGUCGUUGUCAAGCUACUAUCCCAGAGCUUGCAUUGAGGGCUCCACCAUGA